AUGCGCAUGCUCGAGAAAGACGACCCCUCGACCGACGUCCCGGUUACCAAGGUCGACCAGGACAGGAUCAACCAGUUCUCGCGGUUGAACAGCCGGACAGACGAGAUUGUCGACGUUCUCGACGGACUGCGUAAACAGAAGGAGGAUCUUGAGGAGAUUGAGACGGAGAUGGAGUUGGUCGACGAGGACGAGGUCGUCAUGUACAAACUCGACACGACCUUCGUCCACAUCCCCGCAUCCGAAGCACUCGAACACCUGCAGUCCCACCUGGAGAGGAUCAAGAGGGAGGUCGAAGAGCUCGAGGAGGAGAAGACCAAGUGCGAGGAGACGAUGGACGAGUUGAAGAAGGAGCUCUACGCCAAGUUUGGGAACUCAAUCAACCUCGAACGAGGAGACGACUAG